AUAAAGGUCUCGCGGCGGCGUUUGACGUCACGCGGAGUUAAUUUUAAACCCGGACAAGAUGGCGGAAGGGGACGCGGCGCGGCGCGGCCAGCGAGCGGGGCCGCCAGAUAAGAGUUUGGAGGAGGAUGCCCUGGUAGACUCUGAUGCCCUGGUUAACUCAGAAGAUGAAGCAGAUUUGAAGACACCUUGCCCUAUACAAAUUGUUCUUGCACAUGAAGAUGACCAUAACUUUGAACUUGAUGAAGAGGCACUGGAGAACAUUUUGCUUCAGGAACACAUAAAAGAUCUCAAUAUAGUAGUAGUAUCUGUAGCAGGGGCUUUCCGCAAAGGGAAAUCAUUUCUACUGGAUUUCAUGCUUAGAUAUAUGUACAACAAGAAUUCCUCAUGUUGGAUAGGUGGGAACAAUGAGCCAUUGACUGGAUUUACAUGGAGAGGUGGAUGUGAAAGAGAAACAACUGGCAUUCAGAUUUGGAGUGAAGUGUUCAUAAUAGACAAGUCUGAUGGGACAAAGGUGGCUGUACUACUUAUGGAUACCCAAGGUGCCUUUGAUAGCCAAUCCACUAUCAAAGACUGUGCGACGGUAUUUGCUCUGAGCACCAUGACAAGUUCUGUCCAGGUUUACAACUUGUCCCAGAACAUUCAAGAAGAUGAUCUCCAACAUUUGCAGUUGUUUACAGAGUAUGGAAGACUUGCUAUGGAAGAAAUUUACCAAAAGCCGUUUCAGACACUAAUGUUCUUAAUUAGAGAUUGGAGCUAUCCUUAUGAACACUCGUAUGGCUUGGAAGGAGGAAAAAAAUUUCUAGAAAAGCGAUUGCAGGUAAAGCACAACCAGCAUGAAGAGCUACAGAACGUAAGGAAGCAUAUUCGCUCAUGUUUCAGCAACCUUGGCUGUUUCCUGUUGCCCCACCCUGGUCUUAAAGUUGCAACUAAUCCAAAUUUUGAUGGGCGGUUGAAUGACAUUGAUGAUGAUUUCAAGAGAGAGCUGCGGGAUCUGGUUCCGUUACUACUUGCUCCUGAAAACUUGGUAGAGAAAGAGAUCAGUGGAGCCAAGGUGACUUGUAGAGAUCUAGUAGAAUAUUUUAAGGCUUACAUUAAAAUCUAUCAGGGAGAGGCGCUACCUCAUCCUAAAUCAAUGCUCCAGGCAACAGCUGAAGCCAAUAAUCUUGCUGCAGUAGCAGGAGCAAAAGACACCUACAACAAAGGCAUGGAGCAGGUUUGUGGUGGAGAUAAGCCUUACAUUGCUCCAUCAGACCUAGAGAGACAGCACCAGGAUUUUAAAGAGUCAGCUGUCAAACAGUUCUGUUCUGUGAAAAAAAUGGGAGGAGAGGAGUUCUGUCGGCGCUACCAGGAGCAGCUUGAAGCGGAGCUCGAUGAAAUCUAUGCAAACUUUGUGAAGCACAAUGAUGGCAAAAACAUCUUUUAUGCUGCUCGUACCCCUGCCACUCUAUUUGCUGUUAUGUUUGCCAUGUAUAUCAUCUCAGGACUGACUGGCUUCCUUGGUAUGAACUCCAUCGCUAGCCUGUGCAAUCUCAUCAUGGGGCUAGCGCUAAUAUCCCUUUGUACUUGGGCAUAUGUUAAGUACUCUGGGGAAUUCAGAGAAGUUGGAACAGCCAUUGAUCAAAUCGCUGAAGCACUAUGGGAACAGGUAUUGAAGCCCCUGAGUGAUAAUUUGAUGGAGGAUAACAUGAGGCAGUCUGUAACAAACUCUAUCAAAGCGGGCCUCACUGAACAGGUGUCUCAUCAUGCCAGGUUAAAGACAGACUGACAGUUCGUCUCCUCUUCAACUCUGCCCUCAUCCUAGACAUGCUGUACAAUGAGAACUCAAUGAAAAUAAACCAAAGUUUACAAUCAACUAUAGAUGUAGUUUAGUCUGACUGGCUUCACUGAUUGGUGCCAUCAAGUGUGAAAAAUGAGUUUGUCAACGUUAAGCAUUCUCUUUAAUCUGCUUCUAAGACAGACCAGUGCCAUGAAGACUGGGAAAUGCGGGGACUCUAAAUGCAGUUGUUGUGUGUUGUGCACGUGUCCCAGGGUGAGUGACUUUCCUCCUUUCCUGAGAUGGUGCAGUGUCUGGCGUGCAAUGGAAAUGUAUCCUCUGUACAAGGGUAUUUCAGGGAAGUAAUUGUCAAAUGUGUACAAGGAAAUCUUGUAACCGUUUAGCCACCCAAUAUCCCAUUGGAACUUUUAAGUUCUGGAGUAUUUAUAAAAUCACUGUAUCAAGAGUCAGAUUGAAAUGUCAGUGCUAGCUGGCAUCAGUGAAGCCAAUAUUGAGCCACUGUAUAAAGAUCUUGCUUUACUGCUUUUUACAUUGCUGUUAUCCCAAUGCAUGUUGGUUCCUCACGAAAAAUGACAUUAGAACUAACUAUUGUAACCAAGGAAGUGAUUCAAAGUGUACAUUUGUCUUGCCUUUUUUGAUUCACAAACUUUGUCCUACAGGAGAUGCAUAUCAGAAAACUGAGCUGUCUUUUUCUGCAGUUUAGCCUUCAUGUAUAUAAUACGCCAUUAAUUUUACUGGGGGGAAGUUCCAUCCAAAAAAAGUUGCCUACAGCUAUGAAGCAAUGAGUUAGGACUGUCUGUACAGCGUGUUUAGUUUUUAUUUUUAAGAAGUCAGAUAGGGCGUGUAUAUGAAAUAUAAAUAUAUAAAUACCAUUUUGUAUCAAA